CCGGGUCUCUGACUGACGGCGCCAUGGAGGAGAAGGUGGACUCCUCCACUGCUCCAGACGGCUCGUGCGUGGUGUCGGCACAGGAGACCGAAAAGUGGAUGGAGGAGGCGAUGCGGAUGGCCAAAGAAGCACUUGAAAAUACUGAAGUUCCUGUUGGCUGCCUUAUGGUCUAUAACAAUGAAAUUGUGGGGAAGGGAAGAAAUGAAGUGAAUCAAACAAAAAAUGCUACACGGCAUGCUGAAAUGGUGGCCAUUGAUCAGGUCCUGGAUUGGUGCCAUCAACACAGUCAUCGUCCUGCUGACGUGUUUGAACACACCGUGCUGUACGUCACCGUGGAGCCAUGUAUCAUGUGUGCAGCUGCUCUCCGCCUCAUGAAAAUCCCGCUGGUCGUCUAUGGCUGUCAGAAUGAACGGUUUGGUGGUUGUGGUUCCGUCCUAAACAUCGCCUCUGCUGACCUACCCAAUACUGGGAGACCAUUUCAGUGCAUCCCUGGAUACCGUGCUGAGGAGGCUGUGGAGCUCCUAAAGACCUUCUACAAACAAGAAAACCCAAAUGCACCAAAAUCAAAAGUUCGGAAAAAGGAUUGUCAGAAAUCCUGACAUUCUGAUGAAAGCCACGUGCCGUCAGGAGACCUGCAAAGAAUUCUCAACCGAGAGCUGUUGGCAUCGCUGGCCGUGUUUAUAUGCUGUUGUUUCUGUGUGGGAAAACGGUGUCUCUCGUCAUGUCAUUUGCUCUGUUAAGGGAACAAAUGAGCCCUUCUUAAAGUCUGACAAAUGUAAACAGCUAUUAGCUCUUCCCAAGCUGAAAGAGUGUUUCCAGAAGGGGAAGAGGAAUCCAGGCUUGAGGUCAGAGAUCAGCCACAGCUUCAACUCCAUCUUAAUGAAGCUCUUCGUGGGUUGGGGCGAUGGCUGAGUGACAAAGUACUUGCCGUGCAAGCAAGAGGCCUCAGUCCCCAGCACCCAUAAAUUCCUGGGUGGGCUUGGCGGCCUGCCUGUAACCCCAGUGCUUAGAAGGCAGAGUUGGCCUUCCAAGAUCCCAAAGCAAGCUACUAGUUAGGUGAGCCCUUAUCGGUGAGCUCCGUGUUCAAAUGAGAGAUCCCACCUCAGUGAGUGAAGAGUGAUCUAGGAGGACCCCACAAUGCACCCCCAAGCACAAGUACAUACACACUGACACCACACAUGCACACACAAGAAAGCAAACAAACAAAAGACAAGUCUUCAGAAGAUUGAGCAAGACUCACAGAGGAAGAAGAAGGAAAGAAAGCCUUCAGCUUUUUACUGAGUGUUGUAUUCAGACCCACUUCUGCCCACAACUCCCAUAGGACCUGGGACCUCGGCUCGUGCUAGUUUGCAAUAUGACUUUAUAUAUGCAUAUGAGCGUGCAUGUUGGGGGUUCCUGUGUGGAAGCAGAGGACAAUCUCAGGUGCUUUUCCUUUCCUCAGAUGUAGCCGCCCUCCUCCUCUUCCUGCUGU